UGUACAUUUCGUUUUGUCUCAAGAAGGAGAGAAGCAAUGCCAUGUCGUUACUUGUGAAACUCAGAUCAGAUGAAUAGGGAAUUACAAGAGGCCACGUAUGGAGUGCGGUGACAGCAGAGCUGUCGUUAUAGCAAAGAAAGAAGCACGAGUCAGUAACCACGCAACUCUUCUACCUGAAAGAACUGUCUCCGUCUCCGUCUCCCUUCUGUAAUCCAUUUUUGUUGUUGGUUUCACACUCUAGAAACUUUUACUUUCUCGUUCUCUGCUAAAACGACACCCAAAAUCGAAGGAGAUCAAUCGUUGAACCAAGAUGUCGUGGCAACAGUACGUUGACGAGCACUUGAUGUGCGAUAUCGAAGGCGGCUGUCUCACUUCGGCCGCGAUCCUCGGCAUAGACGGCAGCGUUUGGGCUCAGAGCGCCACCUUUCCUCAGUUUAAGCCUGAAGAAAUAGUUGCUAUUGUGAAAGAUUUUGAUGAGCCUGGAUCACUUGCUCCAACUGGACUAUUCCUUGGGGGCACAAAGUAUAUGGUCAUCCAAGGUGAAGCAGGUGCUGUUAUUCGAGGAAAGAAGGGUUCAGGAGGUGUUACUGUUAAGAAAACCAAUCUGGCCUUGAUAAUUGGUAUAUAUGAGGAACCUCUGACUCCUGGUCAGUGCAACAUGAUUGUUGAAAGGCUCGGAGAUUACCUGAUUGAGCAGGGUCUGUAGUUGUAUAUUUGCUUUGAUUUCAGGAUUGAUAUUCUAUUCAAAGUUGUGGAGAGCUUGGUGUGGAAACAAAGUUAUUGCCGCUUGGAAAUCUGAUCAUGCAUCUUUGGAUGGAUCAUUUGCUUUCUCAUUUUUAGAUAUCUGGAAAGUGAUUGUCUUUGUGAAUGGCACUGUUUUUAUUUAUAUAAUUCUUUCGCUCUCAUUUCCCUUCUAUAAUACGUCCACUACUGUAAGUUUUAUAUCUCUUGAAUGCCUUAAAUGUAUGGCGUGGAGUUUGUCUAGAACAAUAUUUUGUGGGUGAAAGAUUGAAAAUUGAAUGCUGGUUGGUGGGUUCUGAUU